AUGUCUCCCAUCGACUUGCGCAUUGCCGAACUUGAAGCGUCAAUGGCGACUGAACGAGCUUCACGUCUAUCCGCCUCGCCGAAGAUUCUGUCCAACUUGCGCCCGGGCCCGACUCAGCGGCGAUCUUCCCUCGCUUUAAAAACUGGAAUAUCUCGGCUGCCUCGUAUCGAAGUCUUGGCGAGAAGAGACCCUUCCGAGAUUAUAUUCGGUCUUAAAUUUGCGAGGCUGGGAUCAGAUAAUAUCUUGCUUGGCUACGAUCUUACGCUCGAUACUGGUGCAUGGCCCACACGUCUCAAUCACGAAUUUUAUUCAAUAGUCAAGGAUGCUUUGGAUAGAACCCGUAAUCUGCGAAGAUUGGCCUUACUUCUCGACUCUGAUAUUGUUCGUGUCUCUCCUCGUACACGACGUUCUGAUCUAAGCCAGGUGUAUGACACCACUUUGUAUACGAAGGUCCUGAUUCUCUGUCUUGUCUGGAGGACAUUCCUCGACUUCCAAUCAAUGAUUCGUACUCUUCAGAUUCCAUAUCGUCCGGCCGUUAUGCGAUCUUCUUUUGCGUUACCUCCUCACGUAACCCAGCUUUGGCUCCCGCUUUCUGGCCAUGCCAAUGGAUUCCACUAUAAUAAUAUAGGAAAGAUAUCACACCUUUCGAUCAAAGGGGAGCCUUUACCCUCAAGCCUCGAACAGUUCAGGGAUUCACCAAUCCAUUACCUGGCGCACGAUCUUUCUUCUUGGACGGCGACUAGACUCAUGCUCCCAGGCUGGCUUCAGAGACUUGUCCCUGAAAUGUUCUCUAACCUUCAAGUCCUGCGGCUCAUUGAUUACUGGGUUACUUGCGAAACCGCCGAUAAUGCAACUUCGUUUCCUCAGCCUAAUUCAACCAGUGCGGUCACCGAACUAGCCGAUUGGGAUACUACACUGCGUUCCCUUUAG